AUGGACGAUUGGAGUAUUGGUGGUCAGAAGGAUGUACUCGCAGAAAGAUCGGAAACUCUCGACCAGAUAAUGGAUUCGUUAACAAAUGGAUUAGAUGCAUUCUCCGCAACAAAUUUUCAGGAAAGAGACAUCGGUCAAGGAGUGCAGGUAGUUCCGUGUACAUUGUUUGGAUCAAUCGAGCAGGGCGACAAGGAGCAGAAAUUAGACCGGAAAAAAAUCCUGAAAACAAUAUCGAGAGAUGGGAAAGAGUUAUCAAAUGCUGUGUCCUUGAAAAGAGUAACUUUCGAUGUAGAGAAAUUUGCCGCUGAUGAAUGUGGUGAUGCAGUAGAACGCGAUGAGGCUAGGGCUCGAUUAGCUAUGAAGCUAGGAGCAAGACCGUUAAAAAAUCAUUAUUUGAAUUACAAACAGCUCAAAAGAGAACUUGAUGUGAAGAAGAGUUUAAAAGUUGAAUUUGAUAAGUUGUCAGCUUUGAAAGCUUUGAAAAAAUUGUCAAUGAAAAAGAAAGAGGAUAUGUGGAAGGAGGGUAGUAAAUCGUCAGAAAGCAAAAGUAAUGACGACAAAGCAAGCGAUGAGCGCAAAAGUGACGAUGUUGUUGAAAGGAGUGAUGAAGAUUCGCGUUCAGGGUCACCGUCGGAGGCAUCUAGAUCUCGUUCACGUGAUCGCAGACAAUCGAGUUCAUGCUCUCGCAGUCGUUCGAAAAGUCAUUUAAGAUCAAGUCGUCGUUCUCGAUCUCCACGAUAUCACCGCAGUAGCUAUGAUGAUCGCAGAUACACAUUUUCUCGACGCGAUGAGCCAGAACCGUCUCGAUGCCUUGGCGUUUUUGGCUUAUCUCUUUAUACAACGGAACGCGACCUCAAAGAAUUAUUCUCACAAUAUGGAGAUUUGGAUAAUGUUCAAUUGGUAUUUGAUCAUCCAACCGGACGUUCGCGCGGUUUCGGUUUUGUUUAUUUUAAAAAAAUCGAAGAUGCCAUGGAAGCAAAAGAGCGACUAGCCGGCACAGAAAUUGACGGCCACAAAAUUCGAAUCGAUUAUUCUAUAACGAAACGACCUCAUACACCGACGCCCGGCAUUUAUAUGGGAGCUGUAGAUUCGCGUCGACGCGCUCCUCCUCGAUCAUAUCGUCGGAGUCCAUCUCCAUAUCGUAGUUAUAGACGAUAUCGAGAUAGCCCACCAAACAGAUAUUACAGCAGAGGGUAUGAUUACGACGAUUAUGAUCGUUAUUCGCCACCGUAUCGUGACCGCUACAGACGUAGUCCGUCCCCUCGUUACUACGAUCGGAGGCGUUCUCGAUCUUACGACCGCGACAGGGACUAUUACUGA